GUGAACAUUAUACCCGUAUUUUUUUUUAAGAAACAGUCAUCGAUUUGCAUAUUCGGCCGUGUGAAUUGUUGUCGCGCGUUAGUUUCCUGACUCAUUGCGAAAACAGCAUCGAAACUCGCAACAAGUCAUUUCAAAUAAGUGUCGUUAAAAUGAAACUGUUCAUUAUUCUGUCAUCGGUCUUUUACUCUUCACUGCUUGCAGAAGGUCCUCCGCACUAUGUUCAGCGCGGAUGCGUGCGAGUGACCGAAGAAAGCGACCUCGGCACGGUGUCACGUUGGGAUUGCAGCAGCGUGGAGCAGCGCUCAUCCGAAUUGUGUUACAACGAUGGCGUGGCCUUCGCUCCGGGAUCAGUUAUCGACUACCCAUAUGACAACCUUACAAAUCACUACGUCGGCCUUGGCAGCCUUACUGUCUAUGAUAAAUGCACGUGCUUGGAGAAAACCGGAGAAUCUAUAUUGGAAUUAGCUCACUUCGAAUGUCAACUACCAACUGCAACAGAGGAUGAAAAAUCAAAUCCAGAGACACAAGAAAACUGUGAUAAUGACGGUAGAAUUUAUAAUGACGGCCAGAUAAUGUACGGAUACAGUGAAAGUAAAUGCGAUCGAUGUGUUUGCAGAAAGGGAAAACCAGUAUGCAAACCACUAUCUUGUGGUUUUGACUUGUUCCACUGGACACAAUUUGCUAGAGGCUGUGUACCAUCGUAUGAUGAAGGCUUAUGCUGUGGCAGAUUAUUUAUGAGAUGCCCUAAGGAUACCGAUGUAGUAAUUCCGAGCGAAAAUCCAACACCAUCUAACCAGACGUGCAAAUUUGGUUCACUAAUCCUGAACAUUGGAGAUUCAAUACCUUUUGAUCCUGAAACCUGUGAUGAAUGCGCUUGUCAGGAGCCACCAAUGCUAACUUGUUCGGGGCGAAAAAAUUGCAGACCUCUGCGUGUUGUUUGAGUGAUAUAGAUUUAUAUUUGCUUAAAUGUAGCUAAUGUUUUUAUAUUAAAAUUACUUCAUUAUAUUUAUAUCUAUUACAAUACAUCAAUAUAUGUUAAGAUAUGCUUUAAAUAAUAAA